AAGCGAAACAAAAAGUCGAAUCAGUUAACCAAAUCCUAGAAAUAGUUGGCAACGCGGCCGCAUCAGCUGUAGUUUUAAGGUUAUGUUACUCCGAUUGUUAUCGUAAUUUUUAAGCCGCUCGCACACAAAAUGCUCCGUAGUUUACGUCAAAUAACGAGGCUAGGAAGAUCCCUCAGGCUGCCAAUUCCAGCCAAAAGUCUGCUUAAAUCAUCAGCCGACUCCAGGCUUCAAGCUCCUCUACACACCAGCGUUGCGUUGUGGAAAUACGACAAGAAAUCCUCGCGAGCAUCGGAUGAUUUGGACAGCGACGACGAGGAUGAUGAGGAUUUCAAGGACGAAAGGGACUCCAAGGUGGUCAAGACCAAGGUGAACUCGCUGCGUGCUGAUCUCCUGCUGAAAGCUGGCCUGGGCAUGGCCAGGAACAAAGUGGAACUGAAUUUCUAUGAAAGCAAGAUAAGGGUCAAUGGAAAAAAGCUGCCCAAGAAGAGUGCCCAGCUCGAAAUCGGCGAUGAUAUCGAUGUGAUCAGGGGCUUUAGCCAGACGAAUCCCUCUCACCUGGUCGUGGCCCGCGUCUCCAUUCUUUCCGCCAGCGAACGCGAGGAGGGACUCAGUGUGCACCUGCGGCGCUAUAAGUCCCUCCUAGUGGAGAACUACAAAGGACCCAACGCCUUUAAAUCCUCGGAACACGUCGCUCAUUAAAUGAAGUUAGGAUAAAGAGGUGAUGCUGCUCAGUACGAAAUGACAUUCGCAUUUUAUUGUACUACUUUGCCUUAGUGUUUUUGAAAUUGGAAUAAAACGGAUCUAAUCAAGUAAGUUAAAGCAAGUAAACAAUUAGCGUGUGAUUUAAAAU